UUAAAUUUACUGAGUCUUUUUCAGAUUUGGGUGACGCAAGAAUGGGAGGGAACGAGUUGGAAGUUUUAAAUCAUUAUAAUAAGAAAAUUCUAAAAUACAAGGAUGAUGUAGCCACCCUACUAAGGUGUCUGGAAAAGCUGAAUAUGGUGAAAGUCAAUAUUUCCUUGUUACAGGAAACGGGUGUUGGAAGAACUAUCGGUGUUCUCAAGAAACAAUAUGGGGAUUCAGAAAUUGGUGUGAAGGCUCGUGAUCUCGUCAUGAAAUGGAAGGAGGUUGUCCGGAGUGAGGAGGCUGAAAGGGAGGUUGCCCCGGAGGAGGAUGAGGAUGAAGAGGAGGAGGAGGCGGAAGAGGAGGAGGAGAGAGAAGACGAGAGGAUUCCAACUUAUAUUCCCACUCCGCUAAUUCCCCUGUACAUUCCAACACCAAUUGACAAUCUUGAAAUAAAGCGGGAACUACCGGACUCGUACAAUCCAGCAGAAGAGAAAGUGAUGAAUGGAGGUUUAGGAAAGAUGUUUAAAGAAGAACCUGCAAUCAAGAAGGAAUUAACGAUUAAGGAAGAAACCCCCAAACCACACAAACAUAAGAAAAGCCACCGAGACGAAAAAUCUGAUGAAAGAAGAAGUGAAAGCAAAAUAAGAAACAGAGAAGAGGAGGAAAAAGUGAAAAAUAGAGAAAAAAUGGCGAAAAAGCAUAAAGAUAAAAAAGAAAAAGAUCCAGAAAGAAAAGAGAAGGAGCUGGUUAAAACAGAACACAGAAAGGAGCAUAAACCUUCCAAAUCAUCACACCGAGAUAAAGAAAGAGAAAAGGACAAAGAACGAAGUGAUAAAGAAAGAGAGAGAAAGAAGAACUGUGAUAAAGAAAGACAUGAAACCAAAGAAACUGGGAUUGUCAGAAUAAAAACUGAAACACUUGAUGAAAAUGAUCUGAGUGGAUUUCUAAAACCGUCCGGGUCUCUUAAGGAGGAGAAAGUUUUAGUAAAACUAGAAAACGGAGAACGAAGAGACAAGGAAUCCAAUAAAAGUGACAAACAGUCGCAUAGAAGUGAUAAAGGCAGUGACAAAGAACACAAACGUGAUAAAGAAAAAAGCUGUGAUAAAAAACGAUCGAGUGAUAAGGAGAAACUAAUUGAUAGAGAAAGACAAAGAGAAGCAGAGAGGCAAAAGCGAAAAAUGGCGGAGCGCAGUUUACAAGCAGAGGAUGAUAUGUAUGUUUCAUACAUGUUAUAUUAAAGGUGGAGCACAGUUUACAAGCAGAGGAUGAUAUGUAUGUUUCAUCCAUGUUAUAUUAAAGGCGGAGCAAAGUUUACAAACAGAGGAUGAUAUGUAUGUUUCAUCCAUGUUAUAUUAAAGGCGGAGCACAGUUU